AUGUAUGCUCAGCCUCAAGCACGACAAUCCGCCAGCUUCACCCCCGACUUCGAACAGCGCCGCCCAUCACCGUCACAGGACCCUAUACCCAACGGCCGCCCAGGCUCCCAGUAUUACCCUUACCCCCAGCAAUCUCGCCAGCCCCAAUACAAUCAGCACGACGACGCACCCUAUGACGGAGACGGAGAUGACUUUUUCCAAUCCCAGUCCCAGUACGACCAGCCAUACGCAGCCAGAUCCGUCGCCACUCAGUCGGUCCGCGCGCCGUCCCCACCCACCGGCCCUAUCCUCGACCAUUCCCACCUCCGCCCGGGAAACCAAGCCGCGCUCCUCUCGCACGAGCGCACGCUAGAGCUCUAUCGCGCAAACGCGAAGAAGACGCAGGACCCCGACCUCCAGUUCGAGUUCGCCGUCUUCAUGAUCGACGCCUCCAAGACGAUGCCGAUCCCGUCCCCAACCCCGGGCAACGUCAUGGAGGUCGAGAAGGCCAUCGCAAAGCGCGACGACCUCGUCCACGAGGCCAUGGGCCUCCUCAAGCGCCUCGCAGACCGUGGACACAUGCCCGCCCAGUACUUCCUCGCCGACUGCUACGCCAACGGUAUCGGUACCCACAAGAAUCGCCAGGACUUCGACCGCGCUUUCCCCUUAUUCGUCCUCGCUGCUAAACACGGCCAUCCCGACGCAGCCUAUCGAGCUGGAACUUGCUGUGAGAACGGCUGGGGGUGCAGACGUGAGUCUGCGAAAGCCGUCCAGUUCUACAAGAAGGCUGCCGCGGCCGGCCACCCAGGCGCCCUCUACCGCUUAGGCAUCGCCGAGCUCAACGGGGAGCUGGGGCUUUCGAAGAGCCCGAAAGAGGGUGUGAAGUACUUGAAACGAUCUGCGGAGGCUGCGACCGCCGAGUUCCCGCACGCGCUGCACGAACUCGCGCUCCUCCACGAACGCGGCAUCGACAACGUGCUAUUCGUCGACUACGAAUACGCUGCGGAGCUACUCGCGCAGGCGGCGGAGCUUGGGUACGCGCCAAGUGCCUACAGGUUAGGCGAGUGCUACGAGUACGGCAAGAUGGGCUGCCCGCAGGAUCCCGCACUGUCAAUACACUACUACAAUAUUGCCGCGCAGCAAAACCAUCGCGACGCGUGCUUCGCAUUGACCGCAUGGUAUCUCGUCGGCUCACCAGGCGUCCUCCCACAGUCCGACACGGAGGCGUACCUUUGGGCACGGAAAGCGGCAGAGGCUGGGCUUGUCAAGGCCAUGUACGCAGUCGGAUACUUUCUCGAAGUCGGCAUCGGUACGGAGCCGGACAUGCAGGAGGCGAUACAAUGGUACAAGCGCGCGGCAGAACAAGGCGACAAACGCGCGGCGCAGCGGCUCAAGGGCCCACAGAACACUGCCAUGGUCGCUCCUGGGGGGCCUGGCUCAGUGUUGCAAAGACACGAGAACGGGAGCGGGGACCUGUCCACAUCAGGCUCUGGCAAGAGCGGGAAGGACAAGGAUUGCGUGAUUAUGUGA